GCAAACGGGAAACAGCAGCAGUAGCCAAACAAAUAACCAGCAGCCAACUAGUCGUAUACUUAACGUCAGCAGCCAUGAAACGGACAUACUUGUUGCUCUGCCUGAGUCUCCUCACCUGCAAUGUGGCCAACUCGGCAUACCUGCGUCCCAUCGAUCUUAGCCAGCUCGCCAAGUCCUCCAACCUUCAGCAGCAACAGCAGCUGCGUGGGGAUCUGAACCGAGAUGAUAACAACGAUGACGAUGAUGCCACCACCUUGGCACCCAAUUCCAAUGAGGAUUACGACAGUCGUCCCCAGUACAGUUUUGCCUAUGACGUGAGGGACUCGCUGACCGGCGAUGACAAGCGGCAGGAGGAGAAGCGCGAUGGCGACCUGGUCAAGGGUCAGUACUCCCUGAUCGAACCCGAUGGCACCCGUCGCAUUGUGGAGUACACGGCCGAUGAUGUGAGUGGCUUCAAUGCCAUUGUGUCCAAGCAGCGUCUGGAUGAGCAGCAGCAGCAGCAGCAGCAAAGGCUCUCCGCCUCCACUUCGCCCCGUUUCAACAGCCUCGAGGAACUUCAGACCCGUCUCACCGCCCAGGCCAUUGCGGAAGCCCGAUCUCUGGUGGAAGCCCAACAGGCCAGCCAACUCCAGCUGGAGGCGCAGAAUCGUCGGGAAUCUGAGAAUCAGGCUCGCAACCAGGCCCAACAGCUCAUGGAGCAGUUCCAGCAGCAGGUGCAACAGCAGGAGCAGCAGCGUCUGCAGCAAGAGCAGCAAUUGAGGGAUCUGCAGCGCCUCCAGGAGCAGCGGGAUCGCGAGGAGCGUGAUCGUGAGCAGCGGGAGCGGGAGCAGCGUGAGCGGGAACAGCGUGAGCGCCAGCAGCGGGAACAGGAACUCCGGGAACGGGAGCUGCGCGAGCGUGAACUCCGUGAUCGUGAACUCCGGGAUCGGGAACAGCGGGAUCGGGAGCAGCGUGACCGCGAGGAUCGCCGCCAGCAAGCGGAUCGUCGUCAGAGUCAGAACCAGCGAUUGCUCGACCAGCAGACCCUACUCCUCGCCCAAAGCCUGCCCAGCAUUCAGGCCACCGUGGUCUCCCAUCCACCCACUUUGCUCGCCUCCCGCCUGCCCGGCAGCACCACCACCAGCUCCUCGAGGACUACCACUCUGCUGACCAGGGAACGCGAUCUUGAGGCCUGGCGCCAGUUGCCCAAUGCUCGCAUCACCAUCGAUCGCAGCUCCCAACCGCUGAUCCUUAGUCAGCCGUCCAGUGCCACCGUUCAGGCUCAGCUGAUCAGUUCGCCACUGCUUUUGGAGUCCGGAAACCUCAACGGAUUGAUAAGCACCCGGCUGAAUGGCAAUGCUGCACGAGCUGGAGCCGCCUUGAGUUGGUCCAAUGGACGCCGUCUGCUGAACAACGAUCUCUGGCAGCUGGACAGACUGGAUGACCGUGCAGAUAGUCGGCGGGAGAGCGAGGAGUUGCGUUCCAACAGCGCCGAACGUCGCUCCAAGAACUGGUAGAUACUCCAGAAAAGCGAGAUGACUCAACCCAAUCUUCAACUGAACUCAUACGAAACUCCAACCAGCGACCUCAGCGAUCUGCCAACCGGACCACGAAUAUGUUUAGACUAUAAGUUCUAGAUCGAAUCUAGCCUAGAAUCGGGGAUUUUGGUAAUUCUCUCAGCUUUUCGUCCCAUCUAAUGCAUACAGCAAACUCUGCCAAGAAUCUAACCCAGCUCUAACGCUUUCCAUUCCGCUAACUUUAGUCUUAAGUUUAAUUGUUUUUGUGUUACUCUAUAGUUAGUCAACUGCAUCAAUGUGAAAAUGUAAAAAAAAAAUAAACCAGAUUAUUCAAGGAAGGCUGCUGGACUUCAACGAAGUCGGCAUGCUCUUUUGCAAAACUUAA